CGAUUUCAAAGAAAGCAACUCCUACAAUCAGGACCGUGUGCCAUUCCGACGCUCGUUGUUGUUCACAUCAAUCCGUAAACAUGGUAAAACAGAUCUGCACAAAAGCCGAACUGAAUAAGGAAGUCAGCGGAAAUUCAGGCAAACUAGUAGUGAUAGAUUUCUAUGCCGAAUGGUGUGGGCCAUGUCGCGCAAUCGCCCCGAAAGUUGCCAGUAUGGCGGAGGAGUUUAAGGAUGUCGUAUUUCUCAAAGUUAAUGUUGAUGUUGGUGAGGAGCUUUCAAAAGCAUACUGUAUCACGUGCAUGCCCACCUUCGUGUUCUUGAAAGGUGGAGAAAAGGUGGAUUCCUUCAGCGGGGCCGAUGAAAAGAAGCUGCUUGAAAUGGUGAAAAAGCACAAAUAGACGGAACACGUCGUUGUCGUGCAAAGCUCCUAAAGAACACCAACCUCGGAGUACUGAAUGCACAACGCAACCAAAUCGUAUUUUUUAUGUCUUCGCUUGCAGUACGUUUUAACGAAUGUGGAUUUAUUCUGGUCCUCUUCUCACUAAAAAUAUAAUCUGUGAGUUUAUGACAAAG